AGCCCAGUUGGAAAAGAAAGAGUCCAUCCAGUAAAGUACAGUAAAGUUGAGGAUUAAACAAUUGAGGAUUUCAGAUCACAUAUAAACAGAAAAUGUGGAGAUUUUUGAUUCUUCUCUGCACUGCAUUUUUGGCAGAGUCACAAAAAAUGGAGUAUUUGCAGAUGCUCUUUGGAGAACAGUUGAGCAUCAAGCUGCCGACAACGGAAUCACUGGAGUUUACAUCUGUGGAUGAAUCUGAGAAGUACACUGUCUGGGCCUUCAAUUUGUUCGGCAAACGGGGAUCAAUAAAAGGAUCCAAAUCUAAUAGGCGAUUUGUGAUAAGACAUGUCUGUUUUGAAGAUCAGGGAACCUACAUACGGAGGAACAUAUUCAAGACAAUUGACUACAUCGCCAAGGUUAAGGUUUUUCCUAAAAGAACUUCCUGGGUUUGUGUGCGGGGUGACUCAUGCAGCAUUUCACUGAACGGCGUUGAGAAGGAAAAAGCCAGUCUGAGAUUCUCCAAUGAAAAUGUGUCCCUCAUGCUGGUGGUUCGAGGCUCACCUGUGACGAAUCUUCCUGACUAUGCUGAUCGGAUCAAAGUGACCAGCAGCAGUAUCCAGUUGCUCAAUUUCAAUGUUUCAGAUGAGGGCAACUACACACUUUAUGAGGGUCAAGAUCGUAAGGCUGUAACCACCAGGCUGUACUUCUCAGAGCCUCAUGAUGGCAUCGAUGCAAGCCCUCUUCUCUCUCUUUUGCUGCUGCUGGGCAUACCAGUUGGAAUUUGCUGUUGCUGCAGAAAGAGACUCAGAAAGAAAAAUCAGGCCACUGCUAUGACUACAAUCCAGUCUCACAGCACCCUUUCCCCUUCUGGACCACCACCUGAUUACAGCAACCAUGUGGAUCCUGCUGGCCCAGUCCCGACAUACGCUCCUGGCUAUCCUGCUCCAGGUGAGAGUCAAGAUCAUCCUCCUCCUGAUCCUCCAUAUGCUGUACCUGUGCAGCCACAGUAUGGUGGGGAACCAGCCAUGCCUCCUCAGGGCCCUGCGUCUGCAUAUCCCCCUGCUCAGCCUUCCUAUUGGACCGGCCCUCAAUAUAACCCCGCUGCUCCUGCUAUGUACACUCCUGGCUAUCCUGCUCCAGCUGACAGUCAGAUUCAUCCUCCUCCUCCUCAUAACCCAUAUCCUCCACUGCCACAGUAUGGUGGGCAACCUGCCUUGCCCCCUAACCCUGGCUUUACUCCAGUGAUGUAUAAUGUCCCUGCUGGCUCUGAGACAGGGGGAAAUAAAGAGGGAUUAAAGAUGAGUGAACUGUCUCCUGCUGCUUCUCUACUUGGGCCAACUCAGACUGAGGUGGGCUUGCCUCCUGCACCCUAUACUGGCACGGAUGUCCUCAACUCCAAUAGCUCUGCUGUCCAGUUCAACAGAACCAACCACAAUUUCCUGUAGUUUUUCCAGUCUCUGCUCUACCUCACAGAGUUCUCACCAAAAAGAUGAGAACUCAGGACAGAUUUUACAGUUUUUAUAAACUUUUUACGAACGCCUCACAAAUCAGUACAUUGUCUGCUCAGGAAAACAGCCUCCCACUCAUGUUUUGUUAAGGGGAGCUCAUUUAAACAGGCAUUUGAAUAUGAGUAAUUUUUGACUCACAUUAUUAAUAGAAUAGAAAGUCCUCUGAAAGAUGAGCUCAUGGAACAUGGGCUACAUUUAUCUAAUAAUGAGUAAAACUCUUUAGUCUUUAGAGCUGCCUUAGACUAAAACAACUUUGAGGUGCACUUGAAGCUUUACAGCGUUUUUAAACCUUAUUUAAGAUUUCUUUUAUAUUACAAAUGUCUUUCAUUGUGCGUAUGUAAAUAAUGUAAGUAUGUACUGUAUAUGUAACAUAUUGCACUUUCCAAGAUAAUUACCAUAUCAGAGAUUAGCUACACACUGUUCUUGUAGGAAACUACUUUUCUUUUUCUAAGCAAUAUUCUAUGUUAUCAUAAUAUAAAACAGAUACACACCAAGAAAGGAGUUACAGGACAUAAUCAUAAAAAGGUAUUACAGGUUGUGUUGCACCAGUAUGUGCUGUAGGUCUUAAAGCACUGAAAUCAUGAUUAUCAUACCCAAGACUAUAUCAGUGUAUUAUGUAUUAUAUUACGCAGGCUCGGAAACACACACACAAUCAACAUAUUAUAAUGGUCAUCUAUUAAUGAGUAAUCUCUUUUUUGAUAGUUGUUUUUGGCUAAAAGCAGUACAAGAUGAAGCUUACAGCCACUGAGCUUUACACAGUUGUGUCAGACAUCAUAACAGCAGAACAAUAUCUUAUAUAGAUUGUGGUAGGCCCUGGGGUUAGGGGCGUGACCACUGUGACCCGGAAGGAGGAAGCACCCAGAGAACACAGACACGGGGAGUAAAUGAACUCAAAUCAUACCUUUAUUUUCUUUUAACGCCCUCCACCACACCCAGAAUAACUCAAAUAAACAUAACUCAGCCCAAAGGGGGCUCUAGAGUCCGUAGAAUUACUUAGUUGUCGGUUAAAGGUCCGUGCGGCCUCAGCUCACUCCUCCCAAGUCCAAGUCUCUCUCUCGAGUGUGAGCUGAGGCAGAGUUUUUAUGCCUGUCCCAGCUGGCGGCUUAAUCAGUCCUGAAUGCCCACCGGCUGGGACAGACAUGGCUGUGAGUUCCGGCGUGGGGCGGACCCACGGUUCCCCCGCCUCCUCACGCCACAAGAUAUUAUUAAUGACUUCACCACCAGAAAAAUCAAUAUAGCACCCAUUUGGCUCCAUUUCUAAACACCAGUAUGGUCAGAUCAGUUAAUCAGCCUUCACUCUAAAUCAGUGAAGACUGGCAUUUUGCUGAGCUUCUCAAAAACAUCAGCCUUUAUUUUUAUCCUGUGCCUGAGAGUUUAUUUAAUACAGCAGUCUUUAAAAACAGUGGUAUUUUUGAGAGGGAGGGAACAAAAUACUGUAAUAAAUGGCAUUUAUUUGCUUCUGCGAUCGACCCUGCACAGUCAAAUAUGUUUAUUCUAAAAACAUAAUAGUCUGAUAGGUUUCCCUGUGGGCUUUUCUAAUAUCUAAAGAUAUAAGAAAUGAAAACUCAGUCUUUUAGUCUUACGGUAAUCUUUUUGUUAAUGUACCGUUAAACCAAAGAAAGGCAAAAAUAAAACUUUAGAGAGCUAGCAAGCUAAGUAUUUACAACCUAUUUAAUUAUCAUUAAUAAACUCUUUUAUAAACCCUAUAUAAAGGAGCCUUAAAAUAAAGUUUUACCAGUUUGUCUUUAUGGAAACAAAUAUUUAAAUGCUGACUUUUAAAGGCAACUUUGAUUAGGACACUGCUGUAAAGGAUGUUUUUUUUAUCUCAGCAAUAAAAAAACUAUUAAAAAAAAAUAUAUAUAUAUAUACAUAAAAAUAUAAAUUAUUCUGAGUGCUAUUAUACAUUUCUGUCCUACUCCAAGCUUUACACUGCCCCAGAAUAACUCAUUCAUUUUAUUUUUUCUGUUUCUGACAUACCUUAACUCCUACAGGCUUAGUAAACUUGCCCGAGCACGAACACAAACCUAUGGCGGCAAAGUCAUAGCAAUUAGACUUUCAUAUUUCUCAGUGGAAUCUUCCAUUACCUUUAGAUCACAGUCAGAACAGGCUCUGUGGCAUCUUUCUUUAUCACUACAAAUCGAGUUGUUGAACAUAAAGGGGUUAACCCUGGUAGUGGAGGAUACAUGGUCUGUAAAGAAUGUGGCCUGGUGGUAGCUCUGUCCUCAGGAACCUACAUUCACAAAAGAAACAAAUACCUGACAUAUUUUAGGUAGCACCCUGACACCAUGACAAUGCAAAUACAUUACUGAACACAGGAAACCGUCCUCUACUGCCAUCCAUAACUGGUGGUCCUGUUACCUACUAAGUAUUAGCUUUCACUGCCACUGAUUCAGAACUGAAUGCAGUAUCAGCCACACUUAACUCAAUUUGAGGUACACAAAGACUGUACUAUGAGUGCAUCACACUCAGCUCAGACACUAAGCAAGCUUUCCUUUAGUGUUAAAUCUAGAAAGCACAUUUAGCUAACAUUAUAGAAAAUCUGGUCAGUGUAACGUUUAUUAAUUUAAUUUUCUGACCGUUUAAGGCUAAAUGCAAAAAUAGAAAAUUGGAUGUAAAAACUCAUUAUUUCAUUUUUUCAUGUAGUGCAGUGUUCAAGAAAUACAUUUUCAUAAAUUUUUCCAAUUUUAAUUUUUUUUUACAUCUCUGCCCCUCACAAUCGUAAAUUCAGAAAAAAAUAACGGCUGAAAUGAAAAACUCGAUGAUUGGAAAAUUUGGUAAAAAAAAACAAUUUCUCCUUUAUUUCGAAUUUAGCUUGAUACAGUCAAAAAAUUAAACUGCUAAACGUUACACUGACCAAAAAGUACCAGUAUUUUAUUGACAAUUUCUGAAAACUAAAAGUUCAUUUAUAGAAUUGUGGCAAAGGAUUUCUUCCAUGAUUCCUUUUUGCAUUUAUUUUUUUACAGUGCCACAUGUAUUUUUUCACUUAUAACCUGUACCUGUGAGACAUAUAUAUAUAAAAAAUAUGUUUGUGUAAAAUUACAAUGUUGCAACUUAUUAAUAAAAAAUCCUAAAUUUUUAAUGUAUUGCCUUUUGAGCAACUUUUACAGGAAGAAUCAGAAUCAGAAUUGCUGGUAUUUCCCAAGUAUGUUAAACAUGCAAAGAAUCUGACAGUGUGAGAAGCACAUAUGUAUGAACACAUUAAAAUCAGACAAGAAUUGAAGUAUAUUAAUUGAAGUAUAAUGAAUAGAAGAUGCUGAGAAGAUCAUAAAAUAAUAAAAAUUGUGUUCUUUAUUGUAGGAUAAAGUAGUGCAGGCAGAUUGCUGUAGAUAAAUAUUAGAAUUCAAACAUUGAAAAAACUACCUGGGAAAAACUUGUAAUAAAUUAUAUUUUAUUUAAUUAUUUAUCAUUUUAAUUGGUACCACUUCAAAAUAAGGCUCCUUUAUAAAGGGUUUAUAAAUAGUUUACAAAGGUAAGGUAAUAAACCAUUAAUAAGCAGUUACAACACAUUAAUAGGAAAGGCAACAGUGGUCUGUCAUGUACCAAAUAGUAAAUCCACGUUCAUUUAUACUGUUAAAUCUCAGAUCUUACUAGAUGCUUAUCUUACUUUGUAUUUUCCAUCAGUCAGCAAUAACAUUUCUGUUAAUAACUUUUUUUCACUUAGCUAUAAUAACAUAUUAAAUGACUAAACUGACUUUCUAUAUUAGUUUAUUACAUAUGUUAAAAAGGUUUUUUUCUAUUUAUGUGUUGUAAGUGCUUAAUAAUAUUUACAACUUAAUUUAUAAGCAUUAAUAAACUCCUUUAUAAAGGAGCCAUAUUUUAAAUGGGUAUCUUUUAAUCUUAAUUUAUUUAUUGCAUCUGCUUGUAGCCCUAAAAUUAAC